GCUGCUGUAUGUUUGGAGCCCUUAAAACGAAAGUUAACUUUACCGACCCGGUGGUACUUUACCUGUUUUUCAUUCGCUCCGAUACCAAAGCGGUAGACUAAAUAUACAAGCUUUGCAUUCAGUCAGCUUUACAGCCGAUAUCAUCAUGGCGCAUUAUAGAGCCUCUGACUCUAAGAGAGAACAUUUCAGAAGAUAUUUGGAAAAAACUGGAGUUGUUGACAGUCUCACCAGUGUUUUUGUGUCUCUGUAUGAGCAACAAGAGAAGCCUCCCAAUGCUCUGGAAUAUGUGAAGGAGCAUCUUGGUGCUGUUCCCCUGACUUCAGCAGACACAGAGGCUCUGCAGCAGGAAGUGAACGACCUGAGACAGAGAUGUGCAUGUCUGGAGGAGGAAAAUAAAGAUCUCAAAGCAAGGCUGCAGCGAUAUGAACCAGCUUCAGAAGAUGGAGCCGCUGCUAACUAGAUUUCAACAACAAACUCGUCUUUGUUUUGAUAAACGUAUUUGUUUAUGCUGCUGUCAGUUUGAAUUUAAAGAUAGGACUACACCGUAAAAGGUGAAAGCCGAAUGUUUUAUGUGGCUGUGAUGUUUAUCUGUAAAUCGCAACUUUAUUCUUUUCUUAUAUUCUAACUUAUUCUGUAUAUGUUUGUAUAUAUUUUUCCUGAGUGUUCAGUCUUUUGUGAAGUACGUUCAAAGUGUGGCAUUUUGAGUGCAAUUUAUUUUGCUCCUCAAAAUGGGAACACACGUAACAUUGUUUAAUGUUUUGGAUUAAGGCAGCCAGUGGUCUGAAACUGGCAUGAAGGGGAAAAAUAAACCUUCAAUUAUUCUAGC